CGAGAGAGCCAACAACCAAUUCGCCAAAAUCUCUCGAUUCUCUCUAAUUUUAAACGAAAACCGAGAAUCGAACAUAAGUGGAAUACAGUGAAGUGUGAAAAAGAAAUCAGAAUUUCAAAGCUGAAUUGAAACAGUUCACACUCUUCGUGCCCACAAUUAAUAUAUAUAGUCACUACAGCGUCUCUUUCUUUAUCUGUAUAACUAUACACAUAUAUAUACCUUCUCUGCAAUUCUAUAAAGAAAGAAAGACAGACUGUGCAUCCUUGAACUUUGCUGCUUUUAAGGGCUUGCUCUCGCAGUCGCCGCCUUUGUGUUUCGGCAGCUGCAACAAAUUUUGAUGGUGGAGAUACUGUUCAACUGCAUUUGAGUGAGCUUAAUUUUGGUUAAUGAGAUUUUGUAGUUGGGUGCAUUAAAGGCCCUAUCCCUACUCUCCUUUUUCUUUCAUUGUUUUAGCCCUCUGUCAAUUCUUGGAAUGAAGAAAUAUUAAACCAUUGCCUGUUGCUACUUUUCUAGCUAUAGACUGGCAUAUUCGUAUUCACUAAUCAAUUGGGGAGUGUUAUUUUAUAAACUGAGAUCUGGGUUCAAGAAAGAGACCUGUCGAAAGAAGAGGAAAUCGAAAACAAUGUCGUCUCAGAAGCAAGCAGAAGAAGCUAUUGUCUCGAACUUCAAUGAGACAGAACAUGACAGCAAAGAGGAAGACACAAUGGAAGAUCAGUCCAUGUUCAGCGUCAAGAGCUUCCUUUGGCACGGUGGCUCAACUUGGGAUGCUUGGUUCAGUUGCGCUUCAAAUCAAGUUGCCCAAGUGCUGUUGACACUGCCAUACUCUUUCUCCCAACUGGGAAUGGUAUCUGGUAUCUUGCUUCAAGUAUUCUAUGGGCUAAUUGGAAGCUGGACAGCCUAUCUCAUUAGUGUUCUAUACAUCGAGUAUCGCAGUAGAAAGGAGAAAGAAGGUGUUAGCUUCAAAAACCAUGUCAUUCAGUGGUUUGAAGUUCUGGAUGGAUUACUGGGUCCUUACUGGAAAGCAGUGGGUUUAGCCUUCAACUGUACUUUCCUUCUUUUUGGAUCUGUUAUCCAACUUAUAGCCUGUGCAAGUAAUAUAUACUACAUCAAUGAUCGAUUGGAUAAGAGGACAUGGACAUACAUAUUUGGAGCUUGUUGUGCAACCACUGUUUUCAUUCCCUCUUUUCACAACUACCGAAUUUGGUCUUUUCUUGGCCUUGGGAUGACCACUUAUACGGCCUGGUACAUGACCAUAGCAGCCCUUGUCCAUGGCCAGGUUGAAGACGUGCAACAUUCGGCUCCAACAAAGCUAGUGCUGUACUUCACUGGCGCCACCAAUAUACUAUACACCUUUGGUGGACAUGCUGUCACUGUGGAAAUCAUGCAUGCUAUGUGGAAACCCCAAAAGUUCAAGUACAUUUACUUAUUAGCCACAUUAUAUGUUUUCACUCUAACUAUACCAUCGGCUUCUGCCGUCUAUUGGGCGUUUGGCGACGAGCUUCUUAACCACGCCAACGCCUUUUCCCUCCUCCCAAAGAACAGUUGGCGUGAUGCGGCCGUCAUCCUCAUGCUCAUUCACCAGUUUAUCACAUUUGGAUUUGCGUGUACGCCACUGUACUUUGUGUGGGAGAAGGUAAUAGGCAUGCAUGAUACAAGAAGUAUGUGUCUAAGAGCACUUGCAAGGCUACCUGUGGUGGUACCGAUAUGGUUCUUAGCUAUUAUCUUCCCAUUUUUUGGUCCCAUUAAUUCCGCGGUUGGGGCUCUUUUAGUUAGUUUCACCGUCUACAUCAUCCCGGCUCUCGCUCAUAUGCUCACAUACAGAAAAGCCACUGCCCGUCAGAAUGCUGCUGAAAAGCCCCCAUCCUUUAUGCCAAGCUGGACGGCAAUGUAUGCGAUCAACAUCUUUAUCGUGGCUUGGGUUUUUGUGAUUGGGUUUGGGUUUGGAGGAUGGGCAAGCAUGACCAAUUUCGUGAAACAAGUUGACACGUUCGGGCUUUUCGCGAAAUGUUAUCAGUGCACAAAAUUUGCAUUAUUUAUUAAAUAUUAG